AUGUUUACGAUUAGCACGAGGCCCCGGAAAAAAGGCGGCCACGUCCAGUUCAACGCUUCACACAGCGACUAUGAGGUUGUUGCCCAAGCCGCUGAGGAGCGAGGAUGGCGCGUCGUGAAGUGCGAAGAAAAGGCUGCGAUGUGCAACAUUCACUGGAUCGACGACGCAAACAUUGGAGACUGGAUGAGGAAGGUAGAGCCCUGGAUGAGAAUAAACCAUUUUCCAGGAAUGAAUAAUGCGCUGGCGCGAAAGACUCGCCUGGCGAGGAACAUGACGCGAAUGCAAAGGCUGUUUCCGGCAGCCUAUCGUUUUGUGCCUCCCACCUGGGUCAUUCCAGAUGACCUGACAGACCUUGAGAAGAGAUUUGGCAACAGUCAAGAAUCCAAGGUCUUCUACAUUGUCAAGCCAGAUCAUCUAUGCCAGGGCCGGGGCAUCUUCCUAACCACAGAGCUCGAUCGUCUGCGGCAGGCAGCAGAAGAGAGCCGCAAGAAGAACGAGGCCACCGUCGUCCAGAGAUACCUCUCGAGGCCGAUGCUGAUAGAAGGCCUCAAGUUUGACUUGCGCUUAUACUUCCUCGUGUCUGCCAAGAAGGCCAGUGGUGAAGCUGGGCUCGACAUGCGCUGCUUUCUUUUCCGUGACGGACUGGUACGGUUGUGCACAACGCCGUACCAGCCUCCCACUGCAGAGACCAUGAACGAGAAGUGCAUGCAUCUCACUAACUAUGCAGUCAACAAAAAUAGUUCGAAUUUUCAGCAGAACGAUGGGGAGGACGACGGAGCUGGGAGCAAGCGCUCUUUGCGGUGGUUCAUGUCCUACAUCGGUGAGACCUACGGCGAGAAGGAGCGCCGGAAGCUUUGGCUGAAGCUGAUGGGUGUUUGCAUGAAGACAGUCCUCAUGGUCAAGCCAACCCUGGAGACGGAGUACGACGGAGCGUUUCCUCGUGACUUGACCGGGGGCCAGAUGGGCUGCAGGUGCUUCGAGCUGCUCGGCAUCGACGUCAUGCUUGAUGCAAAGAUGAAGCCUUACCUCAUAGAGGUAAACCACCUGCCCAGCUUCACCUGUGACUCACCCUUGGACGAGGACAUCAAGAGGCGCUUGGUGAGCCAGACCUUGGACCUUACUUGUGGAUCACUGUCGGGCAAGGACCGGAAGCUUUACGAGCAGCUGGUCCGGGAGAGACGCGAGGCAGGGCAGCCCGGCAAUGCCACACCUUGCCCAGACGCCAAGAGCGAGGCAAGGCAUUGCGGCAUUGCGGUCUCCUGUGUUCCGUGUCGCAAGUCCGUUUCGACGCUGAUGCAAAUCUGA